AUGCUAAAGAAUUCCGUCGACAAGAGUUCGUUUUCGUUUGAAGAACGGUUACCGAUUCAUUAUAAUACGUCAGUGGGAACUGUGGAAGGGAAGUUGAACGUCCAUUUGAUUGCUCAUUCCCACGACGAUCUCGGAUGGGUGAAGACAGUUGACGAGUACUAUCUUGACCAAGUACAAUACAUCAUCGAGACCGUCGUUGAUCAGCUCGCAGAUAAUCCUGACCGUAAAUUCAUACAAGUCGAACAGGGGUUCUUCUUCUUAUGGUGGCAGCAGCAGGGAGAGACAAUGAGAAAUAGGGUCAGGAAACUUGUCGCUUCUGGUCAACUUGAGUUCAUCAACGGAGGGUGGGUGAUGCAUGACGAGGCGGUGUGCCACUACACGGACAUGGUGCACCAGAUGUCCAUGGGCCAUCGUUUCAUCCAGGAGAACUUCAACAUCACGCCGCGCGUUGCAUGGCAGAUUGACCCAUUCGGCCACUCCGCCACCCAGGCUAGCCUCAUCACCUCGCAGGCUGGCUUGGACGCCUUUAUAUUUGGCCGAGCGGACUAUAAAGACAUGGAGAAGCGCAAAGCAGAGAAGAAGAUGGAGUUUGUGUGGCGGGCGGGCACAGGAGCGCCCAGGGACACGCAGGUGUUCACUGGGAUCCUGUACGACGGGUACUACUCGCCACAGGAGUUCCGCUACCAGCAGACAGACAGCCCAGAGUACCGAUUCAGGGACUGGCCGAACGAGAGAAAUCCCAACGUGGAGCAAUUUGUGAACUUCUUUGUUCAGGAGACAAUGAACAGGGCGCAGGCGUUUCGCACGAACCAUCUGCUGUUCCCCAUGGGCGAGGACUUCUCGUUCAACGAGGCCAUCAUGUGGUUCAAGAACAUGGACAAGCUUAUUCACUACGUCAACCUGGAUGGCCGGGUCAACGCCCUCUACUCCACGCCGUCCUUCUAUGUGGACGCCGUUCAAAAGGAGAACAAGACGUGGCCUCUCAAGACUGGUGACAUGUUCCCCUAUGCCGACGCCCCAAACUUCGUCUGGACGGGGUAUUUCGCCAGCCGGGCAAACUUCAAGCGUUAUGCUCGCGUGUGCAGCUCACUGCUGCUGGCGACCACAAUUCUCGAGGCUGCUGUGGGCAAGACCGCUCUGAGGGACUGGGGGCUGAAAACCAGCAGGAUGAUCGCUACAGACGAGUUUCUGUUUGACAAUCACCUGGGAAAGAACCUGAAAGCCACCAGCGGGGCGGAAGGGGGCGAUAGCGGUGGAGUGGGGGGAGAGGGUGGGGGAGGAGGGAGUGGAGAAAGGGGAGAGGGGGGGAAUGUGGACAGUGGUGAGUGGGAGGAGUGGGAGAGGGUGGGUGCGGGUGCGAGGAGGAGGAGGGUGGCGUCAACGUUCCCUUUGGAAGAGGCAGUGGCAGUGGCACAGCACCACGAUGCCAUAACAGGCACGGCCCAGCAGCACGUGAAUGAUGACUACACGCUCCGCCUGCACCGAGCAGCACAGGAGGUGAGGAAAGAGGGGGAGGGUGGGGAUGGAAGCGGUGGGAAGAGUGGUAUGGGGGGGUUGGGUGGGGUAGAGCAGCAAGUGAAUGUUGCCCUCAUGGCCUCCACUGUAGUGGCAGCUGCCCUUGUUCACCUCAUCACCCAAGCAGCCCCCACCACUCUCCCACCGCGCUCCUCUUCCCCAACGUCCAGCUCAACUCCCCAAGACCCAUCACGAGCCUUCUUCACACCCACUGCGGACCCAACAAUGGGGCCCUCAGACUUCCCUCCUUUCAAUGACCCAACUCUUGAUCCUGCUGCUCAGUUACAAACCCAGCCAUGGGAUCCUGUGCAGCAGACAGUGCAAUGGACAGAUGUGAAUCAACAGGAACAGCCAUCAGGACCCGGUGACGUUCAUGCUCCACAAGAGGAUGUUUCGCCUGGGAGACGGGGGCAGGAGAUGUUGCUGAGUGGAAGGGAUAGCAGCACUGCGGGAGAGAGUAGCAGAGUGGUGGGUGGGGAAACGGGGAGGGAAGGGAGUGGCGCAGGCAGCAGCAACAGGGGAAGGCGGCUUCUGAGGGAAGGAGGAAGUGCGAGCGAUGAGCGUCAAGGGAAAGAGGACAGCGAGCAAGCAAGCACAGAGGGUGGUGAUCGAAGGAGUGCAAGCGAGGGAGGGGCGACGCACGAUAUGCCUGUGCUGGACUUCCAAAUGUGUCCGCUGCUCAACCUCUCCUUCUGCCCCCCAUCUGAAACCAACCUCGGCCAAGACCACGUGCUGGGUGGCCUCGCACCGAGAUCGUUCGGUUUCCAGUACGCCCUCUUCUGCCUCCUAUCACAUCCUGCUUCCAAUUUGCGCAGGCAUUUUUCCAUGUCUCUUCGUCUCCUUUCAUUUCUGCGCGCCUUCCCACCUCAUCCCUCCAUAAUCCAUUGCCCCCCUCGGCUCUACACCCUCCCCCUUCCUCACCAACCACCGCAAUUCCCCCUUCCUCCCAACCUAACUGCACUUCUACCCUCCUCUCCUACCUUGCAGGUGUCCUCGCCAUCAGUCCUCGUGGCAGACUCGUCCAACUCCCCCAUCCCCGCUCAAAUCAUCACCGAAACCCUCGUAGACCCCAACACACGUGCCUUCUAUGUUGCUGCAUACACCGGCCAGUUGCCCCAGGAGCCCCAGCAGUCUCAGCAGCAGCCCCAGCAGCCAGGGCAGCAGGAGGGGCAAACGGAUGGGGGUCAGGUGCAGCAGGAGGGGCGGGCUGUGUCAGUGGUGUUCCGUGCUGAGGUGCCUCCUCUUGGAUACGCCACCUUCUUCCUCACUGCUGUGCCACCAGGCACACAAGGAGCAGCCGUCAUCAGCACUACAGAGUCUGCAAAAGUCCCUGCCCUCAGAAACCCAGCCGGAACCCCCAACAGUGCGAACACAGCAAAUUCUCCAGCUGAAAACUUCGUUCUAGGAGGAUUUAAAGCCGACUCUUCUUCUGGUGCUGGUGCUGGUGAUGCUGCUGGCAAGGCUACUGGCGUAGGCAAGGAGGGAGACAGUGCACUGCGAGUGACGUUCUCCAAGACAGGAUAUGGCAUGACGCAGAUGGAGCUUGUCCGACAGACAGAUGGUGAACAAGUGACUGUGGAUGUGGCGAAGCCUGUCAGGUCGGACGUACUGGAGUAUGUCACGCAAAAGGGUGGAGCCUACAUCUUUGACCCCACUGCUGAAGCAGCCUACCCGACUCAGAGAGACGACCAGGUGUCCAUCCGUGUUCAACGUGGACCAAUUGUGGAAGAGUUCUCUCGACAAGUUGCCCCAUGGAUUUCAGAGACCUUCCGGGUGUACCCAGGUUGUGACUAUGCCGAACUGCACUAUGUGAUCGGACCAACCCCCGAAGACAGCAAGGGUCACGAGGUUGUGACUCGCUUUUCAGCCCCCAUCAGCAGCAACAAGACCUUUUUCACUGACUCUAAUGGCAGGCGGUACCUCAAACGGAUUGUGGACCAUCGUGCUGAUUGGGAGCUUACAGUCACUGAUCCCAUCGCAGGCAAUUUCUAUCCGGUGACGGUGGGCGCGUUCAUCGGGGAUGGCGAGUCACAGCUGUCACUGCUGGUGGACCGAGCAGCCGGUGCUGCCAGCCUGGCAGCCGGAAAGCUCGAAGUCAUGCUGCACCGGGCACUGGUGACAGUGGACAUGAAGGGAGUGGGGGAGAUUCUCAACGAACAAAUCGCAUUCAAUGGCAACAAUGAACGCCUCAUGGUCAUAGGCUCCAUCCGCUUUGGCUUGCACCCAGGGGGCAGCACAGGGGUGGCAGAUGAGGAGCACGAUGAGGAGCAACCUACAGCAACCACUUCUGCCGUUGCCCCUGCUGAUGCUGACGCGGCCACUGCAACCCCCCAUGGAAGGCGAGGGGCUGAGACGGACGGAGGAGGGGGCAAAGAGGAGGCGAAUCAGGGUUUCUCAGAGAUGGGCCGGCCUCGGGAAAGGCGUGGCGGGGAGAGGCAGGAGGGAGAGGGUGGGGGGAAGGGGCAGGGGGCGGAGUGGAGGAGGGUGCAUGCCCAGCGCCUUAUUGCCCCUCUGCAGCUGGCGUUUGCUGUUGAGACAAAGGAGGCCAUAAGAGCAGCGGAGGCAACCCACAGGUGGCGUUACUCCAUCUCGCAUGGAGAACGUGCCAGCAAUUCUCGCACACCCAACUCUGCUUACUCCCUGCCACCCAACGUUGCUGUCAUCUCCUUCCAGCUCGCGUGGCGGCUGAGCGACGCCCCGCCCAAGGCCGACGACACGGAGGAGGAGGGGGACCCGGCUGCUACCUCUCCGUCCUUCCUUCAACCCACAGCUGAAACCUUAAGCCCGAACCCUGAAACGCCCCCUCCCUCCCCUUCCCAGCUUGCCUGGCGGCUGAGCGACGACCCACCCAAUCCGGACGAGACGGAGGAGGAGAGGGACCCGGCCUUCCGGUCGUCCGUGCGCUGCAAAAUAUUUCUGGGCUUCACAUCCAACCUCAUGAGCUCGGGGCUCCGAGAGACCUUCUGCUUCCUGGCAAAGCACAAACUGGUGGAUGUGAUCGUGACUACAGCGGGGGGCAUAGAAGAGGACGUGAUAAAGUGCCUGGCGCCCACUCUCCUGGGCGAUUUCUCCCUGGCGGGGAAGGAUCUGCGGGCCAAGGGGCUCAACCGCAUAGGCAACCUGCUGGUACCCAAUAACAACUAUUGCCUCUUCGAAGACUGGGUGCUGCCCGUGCUGGACGCGUGUCUCGAGGAGCAGAAAAACCAGGGCGUGGUGUGGACGCCCUCCAAGCUCAUCGACCGCCUGGGGAAAGAAAUCAACCAUGAGGAGUCGGUUCUCUACUGGGCCCAUAAGAACGGCAUCCCGGUGUUGUGUCCAGCCAUCACGGACGGGUCCCUGGGUGACAUGAUCUACUUCCACUCCUUCCGCUCACCGGGGCUCCUCAUUGACCUCGUGCAAGACAUCCGGGCAAUGAACGGCGAGGCAGUGCACGCCACCCCCCGGCGCACGGGACUCAUCAUUCUGGGAGGGGGGCUGCCGAAGCACCACAUCUGCAACGCCAACAUGAUGCGCAACGGGGCGGACUACGCGGUCUAUAUCAACACAGCGAGCGAGUUCGAUGGCAGCGACUCGGGGGCCAGGCCGGACGAGGCUGUGAGCUGGGGGAAGAUCCGAGGAGAUGCGAGCGCAGUCAAG